UCAGAAUUCCCCCUUUGGCAAUACCUGCUGAUUGGGUCCUAAAAUCCAAGUAGCUUUGAACUUUUGAUAUUUGGCUCCCGAGUUCUGCCACGAGUAGUCGCGAAAGAUUGAGAUUCCCUUCGAUAGUCGGAAGACAGUAAUAUAUCUAUAUAUAUAUUUUUUGUUGUUGUUGUUGUCUUUGCUGUUCUGCAAAGAUCUGUGUGCGCAGAUGAGCGCGCAUGUUGGCAUUCUGCUGGAGAGGUUUUGCGAAACUUUAAGGAUGAUAUACCUUGGAUGUUUUCUGCUGCUCUGUGGGGUUACGCAUGUCAUGGCAAGCUAUCCCAUCUGGUGGUCACUAGCAGUGGGUCACCAGUACUCAUCUAUGGGUACUCAACCUAUCCUUUGUGGCAGCAUACCAGGUCUCGUGCCCAAGCAGCUGCGUUUCUGCCGGAACUACGUAGAGAUCAUGCCCAGUGUGGCCGAGGGAGUGAAGAUCGGCAUACAGGAGUGCCAGCACCAGUUCAGAGGCCGACGCUGGAACUGCACAACAGUCAACGAUAAUCUGGCUAUCUUUGGGCCGGUGCUCGACAAAGCCACUCGUGAGUCAGCUUUUGUGCACGCUAUUGCGUCGGCUGGAGUGGCCUUUGCUGUGACCCGUGCGUGCGCUGAGGGUUCAGCCACCAUCUGUGGAUGUGACACACGUCACAAGGGCCCCCCCGGUGAGGGUUGGAAGUGGGGUGGCUGCAGCGAGGAUGUGGAAUUUGGAAGCAUGGUGUCCCGGGAGUUUGCAGACGCAAGGGAGAAUCGCCCCGAUGCGCGCUCGGCGAUGAACCGCCACAACAACGAGGCUGGACGAAUGUCCCUCAACGACAACAUGUUUCUGAAAUGUAAGUGCCACGGGCUGUCGGGCAGCUGUGAAGUCAAGACGUGCUGGUGGUCACAGCCUGACUUCCGAGUUAUUGGAGACUACAUGAAGGAUAAGUAUGACAGCGCCUCUGAGAUGGUGGUGGAGAAACACAAGGAGUCUCGUGGUUGGGUGGAGACGCUGAGACCCAAAUACAACUACUUCAAACCCCCUACAGAGCGCGACCUCGUUUAUUACGAAAGCUCACCCAAUUUCUGUGACCCCAAUCCCGAGACAGGCUCCUUUGGCACCCGGGAUCGCAUCUGUAAUCUGACGUCCCACGGCAUAGACGGCUGCGAUCUGCUGUGCUGUGGCAGAGGCCACAACACCCGGACUGAGAAAAGAAAAGAGAAGUGUCACUGUAUUUUCCACUGGUGCUGCUACGUCAGCUGCCAAGAGUGUGUUAGAGUCUACGAUGUUCACACCUGCAAAUAGAGAUGUAGAGGUAACCUCUUCUCUCAGAAAAAGACUCCUAGAAGCGGAAGAACAUACACAGGAUUUUUUUUUAACCUAUGAGACCUGCCUAAAGCUGUCUGAGCACACAAACAAACAACUGCCUUGUGUUCUUGUUCUUUGAUGCUACAAACCUGCCUGAAUCAACUGAUUCAGAGAGUUGAACAGAUAUCUGAAAGCAUCAUACAUGAACUGUGAUGGUGGUGAUGACAGCAACUAUCUUGCUAUCUUAAGCAAUGAUGAAACCGAUUUUACUUGCUGUAGUAGGAAAUUGAAUACUGUUGGCUGAGAGGCAAACACCAUAUUGGUGAUUCCUUGUUUUUCCCUGUGUUCUAAGCGAUUUGUUUGGUUGAGAAUAAAGCAGCACUGCUGAUGCUUUCAAGUCUGUGGACCAAAAAUGAUGUCCAAACAUUAUAAGCUUGUUCCACUUAAACCCUUGCAAGCUAUUUAUAUGAUCCGUCACUCAACAGCAUGCAUUCACCUCUUUGAUAUUAUUAGUAUGUCUCUGCAUGUGUGAGAACUAACAUGAUUAUUGUGUGAGUGACUUUGUGUUUCAUAGUAUUACUGAUGUUUGGGUAAGAAUGCACUUGCACCUGAGUGAAUGUAGUUUUUUUUAUGUUUGCUGUGAUGUGUUUACAUAUUCUUACAUUCUUAAGCUAACAUUUUAAUAUCUGCUUUAUAAGACUAAUUUUAUCUGAGACUACACAUGAGCCACGCCUGCUGAACAUCAGCAAAUCAAGGAUUUAGACAGUGCAGUACACAUUUUCCCCAAGUACGCGAACACACCUAAAGCUUCUCGUAAAGAGCAGCUACACUCCGAACAGCAUCAAGAUUCGUGACCAAAGAUGAGAAAAAAAGCACCUGGUGGUCAAAAGCUGUAAGGUAGUCUGUGAGGUAUGCACUUGUGUCCUGCUCAGAAUAUGAAGCAUGUUCUCCUUGUUUUUAACAGUAUUAGCAAUGUGUCAUAUUCCUUGAUGAGGGGAAAACUGUUAAUUUAUGAAAGGGAUUUUCUUGGUAUGUUUUUCUUUGCUUUGGAACAUGUAACAUUUUAUCAACAUCUGAUCGAAUAGAAGUGUACUCCCUGGUAAGAUAAAACAGAAAUGGUAAACAAACUGCAUGCAUCAUAUAAACUCUGGAUAGUGCAGCGGCAUUGGUAGUUGCUGGAAAAUGAGGACCAAAAUCUGUGUACAUAAUGAUUAUUAGCUGAGGCUUUCGUUUUUUCCCCUCCUAAAUGUAACCAUAAGCAGCAUCACUGAAACUAUCAAUAUUUCCCUCAAUGAAAUGCUGCUAAUAUGUCUUUGUUUGUCUGUGUUGUAUGAAUAUGUUUGCAUGUAUUGAUUCUUUCUGUGAAAGAUAUCUGCAAAAUGUAGUUUGGUAAAAAUGUGAAGUUUGACUAAUUUACUCAUAACAUAAUUCCCAUUUAACCAAAUAGUCCAAAAUAAAGUUUUUUUGUUAGUUUGUUUGUGCAUUCAUUAUGUUUUGAUCUGUUCUUUUUUUUCAUUUGUUUCCUCUGAAUUUACAGUUUUGUUCAAAUAAGAACAACAAAGUGGUCUGGAAGGACAAAAUACAUCAUUGGAUGAAUUGUCAACUAUAAAUAGUAAAAGACAUGCAUUACAUGACAUUUAAUGUGUCUUAUAUGUCAGUCACAAUGUUUGUGAAUUUUCCGAUGUGUCUUUGUCAAAUAGUGUGAUUUAUUUUUAAUGUUCACAAACUUACUCAAAAUAGUAAACAGUUUUUUAGUUUUGUUAAUGAGUUUAGUUCAAAUUUAUGUUUCCGGAUUUUGUUGCGUCUUUUAGAUCCAUUUUCUGUAAUACUGUGUUUUGUUGUCCAGUUUUGUACAAUUUUGUGUUAUGUUUCUCAAGACCACUGUAGGGCAAAAUGAUCAAUUGUUCUCCCUUUAUAUGAGCGUGAGUGCAAAAUUAUAUUUAUUUAUUUUUAAAAAACUACUGAAAACUGAGACACAAAGUUUUUGAAAAGUGUGGUCCAGUGCAUCAUUUCUCUGUUGAGGGAUUUGUAAAAUGUCCUAUGUUUACAGCCAGUUUAACACUAUUAUGUGUCUCAGGUGUGUAGAUCUCUCGUUGCCCAUCUAUGAUUACAUUUUAUCAUGACUGAAAUUAAUAAUAAACAGCCAUAACAAGUUUCACAGUUUCCAGUCAUAUAUAUUAAACUGUGCAUCAGCCCUCAUCGAUUCAAGUUCUGUUAUGACGCCUUUAUUACUAUUUUUUUACUUUACAGGAGUGACUGCUUGAGUGGACAAUGUGGUUGUGUUCUAAUUUUCUAAAGUCUUUAAAAUCCAAAGUUUUGUACAAACUACUUCUUGCAUUUUUAUAUAUUUCUAAAAAGUUGAUGUUUUUUAUAAUUAUUUAUUUCAU